ACGUUUUAAUUACAUUUUCAGAUUUAACAUGGUUAAAACUUGAACGAAAAAUAAAUCAAAUACUAAGAAAAUGAAGACUAAGAAGAAACUGAAAGAAGAUGAAAAGACAAAAGUCUUUUUAAGAGCGAAAAUGAAUCUUUUAAGCGUUUUAAUUGCAUCAUUGGUGCUUUUGUCGAGCGUUUUGUGUAUCGGAGGAACUCAUCCGGGCGGUAGUUUUGUUCGGGAUAUUAGUAAAAUCAGCAGAAACCUCGAUAGGGCACUUUACAAUGUGCUCGAAGACAUCACGGGACCCGUUUAUACCCCAGUCAAUAUCUCUUCCACUUAUUAUUCUUCGGCCAAAUUUAAUCCGAGAGGAAUGGCGGGACUUUAUAAUAUCACCAAUAUUUUUAUGGACAUUUUAAUCAGCAAAGAUAUUUAUCCGGAAGGUUUAAUCGAAGUAUCAAAAGGCGAGAUAAAAUUGGCUCCAAUCGAAGAUCAAUGGCAAACCCUUUUAUCUCAAUACGCCGGUCUUUUGGUGAUUAUAAUAAUCGUUUUAUUGUUGGCGAUUUUUAUGCCAGUUUGUGGAUUUUUCUUUUGUUGUUGCCGUUGUUGCGGUAAAUGCGGGGCGAAAGCCGAACCGUUAGAUAAGAAAAAGGAUUGUUGCAGAAAAUUUAUAUUGGCCACACUUUUAAUUGCAGCUGGAACGGCUUUAUUGUAAGUAUUUUUAUGACUUUUU